AUGACAUCAUACCUCCUCCGCCCGAUUGGUGUCCAUGGCCAAACUGAUCAGAACAACAGUCUCGGUGUAACGGGCUACAUCGGUGGUGACGCCCUGCACGCCAUCUCCAAAGCCCAUCCGGAAUUCGAAUGGACAUGCUUGGUCCGCAACUCCGACAAGGGGGCCUUGGUGGCGGCGCAGUACCCGAAGGUCAGACUCGUCUACGGAGACCUCGACAGCUCUGAUCUCAUCGCCGAAGAGGCCGCGAAGGCGGAUAUCGUGUGCAACUGGGCCAACUGCGACCACGGCGGCGCCGCCAACGCCAUCCUCGCCGGCCUCUCGCAGCGCAGCGCCGCCGACCAGCCCAGCCACUACAUCCACACGUCGGGCACGGCCAUCCUCCUGAUCCAGGACCAGCAGCUGCGCGUCCACGGCGAGCCCAGCUCCAAGGUCUACGACGACGUCGCCUCGGUCGGCGAGCUGACGACGGCGCGCAUGCCCGACGCGGCGUGGCACCGCGACGUGGACAAGAUCGUGCUCGCGGCCGCCAACGCGCCGCAGCGCCCGCUCAAGACGGCCAUCGUGUGCCCGCCGUGCAUCUACGGCCUCGGCCGCGGGCCGGGCAACGCGCGCAGCGCCCAGCUGCCCGAGCUGACGCGCCGCACGCUGCAGCGCGGCAGGGGGUUCGUCGUCGGCGCGGGCAAGGCCCGCUGGUGCGGCGUGCACGUGCAGGACCUGUCGGCCGUCUUCCUCGCGCUCGUGGCCGACGCGGCCGCCGCCACCACCGCGAGCGAGGCGGCGGCGCUGACGACGACGACAAAGGCCACGUGGGGGCCCCAGGCGUACUACUUUGCCGAGAACGGCGAGUUCGAGUGGGGCGCCGUCGCGGGCUUGGUCGCCGACGAGUGCAAGCGGCGCGGGUUGAUCGAGAGCGCCGAGCUGGAUUGCCUCUCGCUGGACGACGUCGAGGCCAUGGUGGGGAACCCCGUCAUGGGCCCGCUUUGGGGCCAGAACAGCAGGUGCAAGGCGAGCAGGGCCAGGCGGGACCUCGGCUGGCGGCCGGUGAUGCUGUCGCUGGAGGAGGACAUUGCUCGGAAUGUGGCUGUGGAGGCGGAGGCGUUGGGGCUGAAGAAAGGUCAUGCGGAGGUGGCUGCCGGUAAUGCUUGA